AUGGGCGCUUCUUCGUCAAAGGCGGCAGCUCGCGGAGCAGCUCGCAAAUAUCCCACCAGAACCCCCGGAGCUGUUCCCCAAGCUACCACGAGGGUCAGACCUCAGCAACCUGCGUCUCAAACUGCGUCUCGUGGCGACGGAUCCAAAGAUGAAGCCGUCCGCGCAGAUGCCAUGGAUCCCGACUUCACCCCCGGCGACUUCUCCCGCCGCCUCCACCAGAUGGGCAUCGUGCAGCCAAAUCCCACGCUUUCACACUCCUCUACCGCCUCUCCCAACCUCUCGCCCGAGUCAUUGGACGUCCCUCCAGGGCCGCAGUUUGCGCCUGCCAAGCGAAACACCACGCUGUCUGUGCUCGAAGCACGGCGCCACCUGGAGCAAAUAGCCGCAGAGGACCUCGAGAACAUGGGACGAGACGCAGGAAGACGCCGCCUGGCCGAUAUGAGGACCAUCCUUGACGCUGUCCAUAUGCUGAACAAUGGCUUUUCUGCUGCGGAUGUCGAGAAGAGACUACGACUCGCGCCUGGACUGUUGAGCAAACUUGGACCUUCUGGUGUCUUGACGCACAUUCCCGCUCAAUAA